AUGAACGUCUCGGCUUCUCCCUCUGGCUCGCAGCCUUUCAUCAAGAGACCUACUCUAAGUCCCGCAUUCAAGAAGCCUAGCAGAUGGUAUCUCCCGCUCAUGGGCGCCAUAGCUCUCGGCUUCGGAGUCGCCAACUACUACGAGAACCAAGCCCGCCAGCCCCAGUUCGACCGUGAAGAAGAGGAACGUCUUCGAAAGAACCGGGCCCUGAUGGAUGCCUACGGCGACAAAGAAACAGUCCAGGAUAUCGAACGGGCGCUGGUCGUCUACGACCUCCAGUAAUCAUCCUUGAUGGAAGGAACAACAUUGCAUUACAAUCGGGCACACUUAGCGUGGAAUAUGGUUACGGCUUUCAUGAAUGAUGGCGCAUAUGGAGUUUGGGUUUCCUUUUACUCUCCGGAAGAGAUG